GGUUUUUAUUUUGUGGUGGAAAGUUUCGAUUUUUGUUCUUGGGUUGCGUUGAUGGGGUGUGGUGUUUUGGCUGUGGAAUGAGGGGUAUUGUUUGCUGUAGUAUGAAUUGGGAUUUGGGGUUGUUAGAAAGGUGGUUUCUAAGCUGCUUUAUACGAGUUUUGAGUUUGGCUACUGGUAUGUAUGUGUGGAAGAGAAGGGAGUAAACAAAGAAGAUGGAUACGUGGUUGAACUUGGGCCUUGUGUCACAAAUGCAUGUGGCAGCAGAGCUACAGGAUUGCAAUAGAGUAUCAGAGACUUUCGACCAGGGAGUUUGCGGAGUAUUGAGGGGCUUUAGGGGUGAAUGUCGUGAAGGAGGGAAUGAUGAUCUCAUUGUUAUCUUGUCUGGUGCUUUCUGUGGAAACAAUUGUUUUCUAGUAUGGUGGCUAUUGACGUGUAUGGUGAUGGAGGAUAUGGUUUGAAGAGAAAUAAUUAGGUGUGAAAACUAAGAUAGAAUCUAUAAAAAUAAAGAUUGAUCUAAAGGCUCAAAAUUAUUGUGUACCGUGGACCACUUAAUAUAGUGGUCCACCCUAGCCUUCAUCUAAUUUAUAUCAUGUAAUGUAAAAAUGUAACCCAUGUAAAACACUGUCUAAAUAACGGGAAGAGAAGGAGAAAGCUUACAUUUCAAGCAGUAUUGUCAACAACGACUAGUAGUAGUGGCAGAACAAACCAGGUCUUUUUCCUUUGUUUGUUCUCUCACGUACUUCGAUUACUCCCAGGGUGGUGGUGCUGUCCCCUGUUCUUUUAGUUGUGGCAAAAAUGCCAGAAGAUAUUGUUUACCAACACCCUUUGUAUGGUGGCAAAAUAUCUAGCACGUUCCCCAACAGGUUCCAGGAUGUCAGCAACAUUAGAGAAGUCCCUAAUCAUCAGGAGGUGUUCGUGGACCCGAGUCGAGAUGAAAGCUUGAUCUUCGAGCUUUUAGAAUUAAAGCCUGAUGUUGCUGAUAAUGGGAGUGCUGCAUGGUUUCUUCAAGACCUUGCUAGAGAACAGGAUGCUGAAGGAAGUGUGGUUAUUGGGCAGUCAGGAGUUCUUGAAGCACCUGGUUUGAUGUACAACAAUUCUCCUGCUGUUGUAACAACUGCAGUGGGUCAAAUGGCAAUUUCUAAAGGACGGCAAGGAAGGGAAGCACAAAAUAUUGUGAAAGUUUAUUUGGCAAAUUUGCGUCUUAAAGGAGUCGAAACUGAUGUAUUAGUCACUGCAUACGAGCCCAUUGUUAUAAAUCCUUUGAGUGAAAGUGCGGACACAGUUGGCGCUGGUGUAGCUGUUCCAGCUCCACAAGCUGGAUGUAUGCCCAUGGACGAGGUCUUUAAACUUGCUGUUACAAGCUUCAGGGUUCUUGACUGGGGUCUUUUUUGAUUCAAGACUCUAGGUAUGUAUGCUGGGAUCAAGUUAAUGCCCCGCUAUGUGGACUUCAGGCUCUAACAUUUUAUUUGAGGGAAAUUUGGAAAAGUUGGUGCCAAUCCCAUAUUUGAUCACUGUAUAUUCCUCAUGUGUUUUUUCUUUGGUCCAUAAGUACUGUCUCUUUUUUUGGCAUUUGGUCCUAUAUUUUAUCUAGUUAUAACUUAUUAGGAUUGUCACUUGAAACUGGAGAGAAUCAUGUGUUUGGAAAUGUCAGUGACUUUUUCCUUUUCGGAGGUGCUGGAUUGCACUUUGUAAUAAUAGUUCACGUUACUUUAGAUGUUGCUUUGUACCCAGCAAUCUGGGACAGAAACAACGUGCCUCCUUGAAGCACUGUGUUUGCAGCACAAAAGGGCCAUAGCUCCCAGCUUGUACGUGGUAGGGUUGUGUAUUAUUGAGUUUUGGUGGACAAAGUAUUUAGACAAAAUGAUGAAAUACUUGAAGGGGACUUUUAGACAGGAGUUGCCUACUAUACACUUCAAAUCAAUAAUAGGUGACAUGUUUCGUGUUAGAGAUGAA